AUGUCUCAGUAUGCUUCCCGCUCAGACUCUAAGGGAGCUCUGGACAGUAGCAGCCCAGAAGUCAAUACAGAAGAUGACAAGACCGAGGAGGACAUGCCUGCGCCCAGUAACUAUCUGUGGCUCUCCAUUGUUUCAUGUUUCUGCCCAGCGUACCCGAUCAACAUCGUGGCCUUAGUCUUCUCUAUCAUGGCUCAGAACAGCUACAAUGAUGGAGACUAUGAAGGAGCCAGGAGGCUGGGGCGGAAUGCCAAGUGGGUGGCUGUGGCUUCCAUCAUCAUCGGCCUGGUCAUCAUUGGCGUUUCCUGUGCGGUGCACUUCUCCAGGAAGAGCGGGAAGAGUCGAGCUCAGGAGCGCCUCCUGCCUGCGGUCAGGAAACUCGACCUGGGAGCCGCCCGGAACGACCCGCAGCGGCUGUGCGUGCGGCGGCCGGAGGAGGUCGUCCUCGGACGCUCGCGCCAAGAACGGAAGCGGAAGUGA